CCAUAAACCCAAAAUAAACCCGAUUGUUUAAAGUUGAGCGAUUAUGCGCGGCCAAGCGCGGGCUCCAAGUCUCCAACAAGGCAACCAUGGGACAGCCACGGCUCACGCGGCCGGUGCAGCAUGCCGGACGCCGCCAUGAAGCGACGCGACGCAGAUCAAUCAAAGCAACCGGCAGCAGUGAAUUGAAGUCGCAGGGUCGUUGCGACCACACAAGGAUCUCUGCUCUUGCUUUGCCAUGGUGGUAACUUGGUAAGCACAGACGGCUGCUCGACCAUCAAAGAAGCCUAGCGCACACCACUUGCUCGACAAAAGGCCUCAGCGCCAGCCAACGGUUGGGUGCGAAAUUGCCUCUGAGUUUCAUUGGUUCUUUUCUUUAUUUUAUUUUGUUAUUAGUUUUUCGAAUGCUUUGACUUUUGUCUUGAUCUGUUAUAUAUACCUGUCCUUACAUUUUAUAGCUAACAAUAUCAUGAGGAAUCAUUAUCAGCAACGAUCUGAUCUGUGAAGACAGUGACAUGCACAUCCCAUCCGCGUAAUCUCUGAGCUACACAGAUGCUUUCUCCUUUGCCAUGGUAACCUCCGCAGAUUAUACAAGGAAAUGUGGUUCUUGCCAAAUGUAUCAACCGUUUGUUUGAUGCUCUUCUCUUUCUGCACUGCAUGCUUGACCUUGACAUCUAUACACUGACGUUUUACACUCUAGUAGCUCUACGUAGUGUAGACCACAUCAAAAAGAUAAUGUCUUGAUUCUUCCACUCCUAACGACCUUUUCCAUGUUUUCAUAUUAAUUACAGAUUCAGCUUUUCAGAGUAACAGCCGAUAGCUGGAAUUUCCUGCCUGGAAAGCAGAGUGUCUAGAGCACAUGACAUUCCUUCAGCAUCUUGCACUGCACAUCUUUAUGGAUGGAAUGAUGUGAGAUGUGACGUAUUCCCUUUCAGCUUGGCCUGCACUCUUAGUCUCAUUGUUUCAUCCCAGCAACAUGGAGGAGCUAUCGGUUAUCACAGGUUUAUUUCGGAUCACUAAGUUUACAGUAGACGCUCAAGUUGGAAAUGUGAUGAGUUUCUAUUUUAUUUAGAUGCUCAACUUGUCAUACUCAUGGAUAUAUGCACCACAUAUAGUUCCCCUGAACAGACCGGAAUAGGACGUGAUUGCUCAAUGACGAUUAUUCUAUUCUAUUCUGUUCUGUUCUAUUCUAUCUUCUGCUGGUGCAAUGCACCCAGAAACAGCACUGUUCCUUUUGCCAAGUUGUAGUAACCACAUAUCUACUCACAAAGCUACAUGAUCACUCAUUAGUCACGUUGCACUUGGUGGUGAUACUGCCAGUUUGGAUCUGGUUAGUUUUCUCUUUUACUUUUCUUGUGAGAACACAAUACUAUGGUUAACAGUUAACACUUUUGAAAAUUGAUCACUAACGAAUUUUGUUUAAUAUUUACUAUGAGAGAGGAUAUAGUUGACUCAAAGGUUAUAAUAUUUUCACAGCCCAUAUGCAUGCUGUAACUUUCAGCAUUUUCCUACUGUCACCCAUCACCCAUGGAUUAUGGUGGCCAUCUCACAACUUCAAACCCCCCAGUUAAACAACAUUUCAUUGCUUUGUUCUAUCUGAGGUUGAUCAAAGGGAUAAAUUCUGCACUAUGCUGAUGGCAACAUUGCCUUUCAUUUCUUACCUUUCACCAUUGCAAAACUUUUCAGAAGUCCUAAAAUUAGAAAUAAAUGGAAGAACAACGUGGACAUUACUAGAACUGCAAACACAAAAGGGCAAGUAAUGUACAUGUAUAUAUAAGUAACAGUAUGAAAUAUAAAGUGGAGAAGGAGAUGCUACUUCAGAUUUUCUGGAGAGAUCAAGCCAUGCAAUAAGGAGCAUGCAUAAUUCUCCCAUUUACUUCCAAAGGCAUAAUUCUUCAGAUAAUGGCAGCUACACAUUCCCUCUUGCAUUUUGGAAGUUGACUUCUGUUGAGCCUUGAUGUGGACUUCUUACAGUGAGUAUUCUUUACCUUUUAAAAUUAUUCAGUGAUCUGGCCUUAGUGGGAGCUGAAUAUGGAAACUGUACCUAACUGCAUAUGCAAUCAGAAGCUUGCUUGCAAAAAAAACUACAGUCACAAGUAUUCCCUCUGGAAGGUGUACAGAAUUGUGUUAUCCUGCUGAUAUAUAGAUCUAUAUUAAGCUUGAAGUGAAAACAUUUAAAGAACUGAUAGUUUUCCUGUUUUUGUAUCUUCCCGAACUAUAUGCUUUUAGGUUUGAGUAACGACAAAUCUGAUAUUUUGUACAGGUUGCCUUUUGAGGACCUUUUUUCUGAUUUUAUAGAAAAAACACUUUUCACAGGAACAUGUGCAAUAUGGAGGGGAACAAUAUGCAUAGGGACGAAUAUGCAUGCUUCUAGUACCAGGGCAUAUAACACAAUUAUGAUGCCUACAAUUUCUGGUGUGAAAAAAGUUAGAUCAGGGACAAAAUCAUGCAUAGCUCACAUAUUUUGGCUUGAGCUGCCUCCCACACUGCACAUCUCAAUCAUUAGAAAAUGAAAAGGAGAAUGGAAUAUGAUUCUUGUUGUAUGUUGUGGGUCUGGCACACCAAAAAAAAAGAGGAAAAGAUCCAGACCUUUUUUGUUUUUUCUAUCGGGUUAUCUUUUUUCCUGGAAAAAAAUGCCAUAUUUCUCAGAGACAUCAGUUUAUAUUUAACUUAUUGUAUUCUCAAUCACCUCUUAAAAUUUGCAUCGUUGAGAAAGAAUCAACUCCUCUGCAUUUGCAAAAGCAAUUGGAAUAUUUGCAAAGGUGAACACCUUUCAUGGCAUGUAAACCUAGAGUAGAAGUCAACUGUAGAAAAUACCUUGACAGGGUUAAAAAUAUUGUUGAUGUCUUGUCAACUAAUAUUUCUUCACAUUGCCAAUUAUCUUAAACAAGAUCUAGCUUUAAUAUAAGAAUGAUAUUAAGUUUGAGAUUUCUUGCAGUCUGGAAAAAGUUAACCUUUUGAAAAUAUUGAGAGCUGGAAAGAAUCGGGUGGUUUGCAUAGUUACUUUGUUACAAAACCUUAGAGUGAAUUCAAAAAAUUAAUUUUACAGUUAUUCUCAAUGUAGUAAAAGUACUCCAUGUUAAGCUCUUAGCCUCUUAUAUUGGUGUACUUCUGCAAGUACAUGUACCAUCAUGAAGAAUGUAGCCACGCAUAUGCUGCUAGUGGGCUUGCAUUUCUGCCUGAUUUGGCUCCCAUAUCCAUGCUGAUUCGUUACUGAAGCUUGAUAGAUAUGUCUUGCAUCAUCGUUUCUGAAUUCUUUAAUGUAUCCUAAUGGUAUAUCAAUUGCAAGUUGCAGUAGAAUAUUAUUUCAUUAUUGUUUUCUGUGUGAAAAUCUGCCACCAAGUGGUUUUCUGUGGGCCUGUUGGCGAGUAAUACUUCCAGCAAAGUUUUUUUCAGUUUCAUCUAACAGAAACUGCUAGCAGUGAUGUCAAAAGAAAGAGUUCAUGACUAGAAAAUAAGUUGACUCAUGCUUAUUCCUUGCAAAUUUGUUUUGAGUUUGUCACAUAAGGAGUUGCAUGGAUUUGUUGACAGAAGGAAGUGCGCAUUAAUACUCCAUGCACCAUGCAGCAUAAAAAUGUUUAUUAGCUGGACAAUAGACAAAAAGAAGAAGAGAACAUUUAUAUAUUAGGUUACUUCUCCACUGUCGGAGAUGCGUCCUACUAACCUGUGUGCCAAAUGCAUUUUCAUGAAAUGACCAUGUGCCAUUGCCACCCUCAAUAUGUAUUUCUGUGUGCAGGAUUCUUCACUUAGAAUUUUUUUUAAUCUUCUAUCCUUUUCCUGACAUAAGAUUUUCAGAAUCCAGAUUCUCCUCUAUGACAGCACAAGGUGUGACAAACCGCACUGCCAUGCAAUGCAGAUUCAGGGAAUCUUUCGACAUAUAUUCCCCUCUCCAGGCUUUCACUAUAAAUAGAGGCUAACUAGGGUUUUGCACUUCAUACAAUUCCAAACCUUCAGAGCUUACAAGGAGUAGCAGAGCUCAGAAGCAUUGGUAUUCAGCACACAGUGCACCUUCUUGAAGAACCGCAGAGGAAAUCACACAAUGAGCUAUUACGGCAGCAGCUCUUCUGGUGGACGAAGCAGUAGGAGAGUCGACUAUGGGAGGACAUAUGUGGUGAGGCCAAAGGGAAGGCACCUAGCCACCUUUGUGUGGCUCCAUGGCCUAGGUGACAAUGGUGCUAGCUGGUCCCAGCUCCUGGAUUCUCUUCCUCUACCAAAUAUCAAGUGGAUAUGCCCCACUGCUGCAAGCCGGCCUGUCGCAGCUUUUGGUGGAUUCCCUUGCACUGCAUGGUUUGACGUUGAGGACACAUCUAUAGAUGGCCGUGAUGACAUUGAGGGACUGGAUGCUUCAGCUGCACACAUUGCAAAUCUGCUGUCAUCUGAGCCGUCUGAUGUGAAGCUUGGGAUUGGUGGUUUCAGCAUGGGUGCCGCUGUUGCUCUCCACUCAGCAGCAUGCUAUGCUCAGGGAAAAUUCACAAGUGGCAUUCCCUAUCCAAUCACACUCAAUGCAGUCAUCAGUUUGAGUGGCUGGCUCCCUUGCUCAAGGACCCUGAGGAGCAAGAUGGAGAGUUCACAUAUUGCUAUAAGAAGGGCUGCCUCCUUGCCCAUCCUGCUUGGUCAUGGAAGAGUGGAUGAAGUUGUCGUCUACAGGAAUGGCGAGAGAUCAGCUGAGAUUCUGAGGAACUCAGGAUUCUCAUUUCUGACUUUCAAGCCCUACAACGGGUUGGGCCAUUAUACAAUCCCUGAAGAAAUGGACGAUCUCUGCAAGUGGCUCAGCUCAUCGCUUGGCCUCAGCCGAUCUCGCUAAAAGAAUAGUUUUAGCGUGUGCGCAAUGGGUUUGGUAAUAGCAUAUAUUUUGAGGGGUGGUUUCGUUUGAUAGCUUGUAACACUUGGUGAUCUCUUCGCAUGUGGCUUUUGUUGCCAUCGUCCUAAUUUACUGGUAUAUGUUUUGCUGUGCUACUGCCUAGCAAGGAGUGACUAUAUGUAAUACGGUACUUUAUCCGAUGUUGUCAAUAAAAAGAAAAUGUCGUUGAGGCCUCUGAUCAACGAAACAA